AUGGGCAUUCGACGUCUCAUCUGCCGCGGCGACUCCGACCUCGUGAUCCAGCAGGUCAUGAAAACAUUCGACACUAAGGACCCAAAGAUGGCAGCAUAUUACGCUGCCGUUUGGGCACUAGAAGGAAAGUUUGAUGGACUAGAACUACACCAUGUCAAAAGAAGCGACAACAUCACGGCGGGUAACCUCGCGCGCGUUGGGUCAUCAAGAGAGCCCGUGCCAGACGAGACCUUCCUAGAGAUACUGCAUAAGCCAUCCAUCAAGAUGCAAGGCCUCGACACAACCACGACAGACCCCGACACCUCAGAAAUUGCAGCCCUGAAGGUUACCCCACCAUCCUCAGACACAUCAGAGGAGGCCGUAAUGGUGAUCCACACCCAAGACUCGAUCCAACCACUGCACGCCUAUAUGACCAAGAGUGAGCUCCCGCAGGAGAAAAAGGAGGCCCGACACAUCGUCUCUCGUUCCAAGGCCUACACAAUAAUCAACGGCGAGCUAUACAAGCGCAGUCAAGUGGGCGUCUUCCAGCGCUGUGUCCCAAAGGAGGAGGGCAAGAAGCUCCUCGAAGAAAUACAUGCGGGGGCUUGCGACCAUCACGCAGCCCCCAGAACAAUUGCAGCAAAGGCUUUCCGUCAUAACUUCUUCUGGCCUCACGCCAUGCGUGACGCCGAGGAAAUUGUCUGA